AUGGCUCGCGGGGACGAGCAUGAGCAUGAGCAUGAGCAUGGCGCGUCGUGUCUGCUGGAGAGCAUCCUGACGGACACGUCGGCGCCGCUGGCGAGGCGCGCGUGGUUGGCGGGGGCGGUCGAGCUCCGGCUGCUGGCGCGGCUGGCGGCGCCGGCGGUGGUGGUGUACAUGAUCAACUUCGUCAUGUCCAUGUCGACGCAGAUCCUGUGCGGCCACUUGGGGACCCUGGAGCUCGCCGCCGCCUCGCUCGGCAACUGCGGCGUCCAGACCUUCGCCUUCGGCCUCAUGCUGGGCAUGGGAAGUGCAGUGGAGACCCUCUGCGGGCAGGCCUACGGUGCCCACAAGUACGACAUGCUCGGAAUCUACCUACAGCGCUCCGUCAUUCUCUUGGGCUUAACCGGCAUACCACUUGCUGUGAUGUACGCUUUCUCGGAGCCACUCCUCUUGUUGAUGGGACAGUCACCCGAGAUAGCCCGUGCCGCAUCGAUCUUCGUGUACGGCCUGAUUCCUCAGAUCUUCGCGUACGCCGUCAACUUCCCCAUUCAGAAAUUUCUGCAGGCCCAGAGCAUCGUCCUGCCGAGUGCUUACAUCUCGACGGCAACACUCAUUCUACAUGUGAUGCUGAGCUGGGUGCUAAUGUACAAGGUCGGCCUUGGGCUGCUCGGUGCCUCGCUGGUGCUGAGUGUGAGCUGGUGGAUUAUCGUCGGAGCGCAAUUUGUGUACAUUGUCGUGAGCCCGACAUGCCGACACACAUGGACGGGAUUCAGUUGGCAGGCCUUCUCCGGUUUGCCGAGCUUCUUCAAACUCUCCGCCGCAUCUGCUGUGAUGUUGUGCCUUGAAACAUGGUACUUUCAGGUGCUUGUGAUCAUUGCUGGAUUGCUCCCCAACCCUGAGAUUGCCCUGGAUUCCCUCUCUGUAUGUAUGACGAUUUAUGGUUGGGUGUUCAUGAUCUCCGUUGGGUUCAAUGCUGCUGCAAGUGUAAGAGUGAGCAAUGAGCUUGGCGCCGGCAACCCCAAGUCUGCAUUUUUCUCUGUGUGGGUCGUGACCGGGCUCUCUGCAACAAUCUCAACCAUCCUUGCUGUUGUGAUCCUCUGCCUCCGCAACCACAUCAGCUACUUGUUCACAGAUGGUGAAGCAGUUUCGGACGCGGUAGCAGAUCUCUGCCCAUUGCUCGCCAUCACACUCGUUCUCGGUGGCAUCCAACCUGUACUGACAGGUGUUGCUGUUGGAUGUGGAUGGCAACAAUUUGUUGCUUACGUGAACGUCGGCUCUUACUACAUUGUAGGCGUUCCACUUGGUGUUGUUCUCGGUUUUUUCUUCAAUCUUGGUGCAAAGGGUAUUUGGGGUGGCUUGAUUGGGGGAACAGCCUUGCAGACGGCCAUUCUGCUGUGGGUCACCAUCAGAACUGACUGGUCCAAAGAGGUAGAGGAGGCACAGAAAAGGUUGAACAAGUGGGACGAGAAGAAACAGCCUCUCCUUGCAGGGUUCAACGAUAAUGACAAAUAA